GGUGCGCAAAGCGUGCGUUCGCUUCUUGACGCUUAAGCGUCGCCUCUUCGAGAAGCAAAUCCAAGGCGACUUUGACAAAUACACGCUGCGCAUGUCCUGGCCACACACUCGAGGGGGAAUGAUCGAAAUGCGUGCCAUGUGCCUGCUGUAUCGCCGCAAUCUACGAAUACAUGAGUUCAACAAACCAUCUAUGGUGAUCACCUACAGCAAGCAGUUUAGACAACUCUUUACCAUCUACUACACGUCGCAGCAUCACUUUGAUAUCGUCUACACAAACGCUUACUACAAGACAGCAGCUGCAGCUCAGGCAAUUAGCUACAAGUUGAUUUUUAAGCAACUCUUAAGAAUGCCUGAUGUCGAGUUGGCUGUGCAGCACAUGCUCUUCCCUGGCACCUACAAGAAGUCAUCUGUAAUACAUUUCGGAGAUAAACUAGUAUUUCGGAAUGGCCACAGUAUCCAAUUGGAUAAGCCACAGCAAACAAACUGCAUGCUGAACAACGAGCUGAAGUGCAGCUUCCACAAUGGCCAUUCGAGUGUGUCCUGUAUGAGGAAGUUGCUUCAUGAUCACUGCGUGCCGUUCUCCUUUCAGGUGGCCAAGUCGCUGCAUCCCCAAUUCUAUCGCAAUGUGGAACUUGAUGUCUAUCGUGGCACGAAUUUGCAUGUGGGCGACAAGUGUGUGGUGUCGAUAGCCAAACGCUUCUUCGAUUGUUACAUACAAAGCAUUGAUUUGGACGCACGCUCUUGCUUCGUCUACGUUGUUCACUGGUGCCAAAUGGUCAAAGUGUCGCUGUCCAAAGUGCGUCGAUCGCCGCUAGACGAGUUUCGGCAGUGGACGCAGAAGCUUCUACAUCUUGAGACACAGAAGCAGCAACAGCCGCAGACACAGCUACAGACACAGAAGCAGCAACAUCUUGAGACACAGAAGGAGCAACAGUUGCAGACGCAAAAGCAGCCUCAGCAGAGUCCAUUUAACUUUGACGCCAUCUCAAGCAACUCCGAGGAGAAGAUUCUUAUGAGCAACUGCUUGGGCUGUGUGAGCUGGACACAAGUUUUAUUAUUUACCAAGACUGCAGCUCAGUUCAGCUCAGGCAAACGUGAGCAGUCGAUGUUGCCUCUUAAAGUACAUCAAGAGCAACAUCUAGGACAAUUGCAACAGUCGACUACUUCCACUUUUUACUUUGCACAUGGGCAACCUUUAAAGCUAAGCUAA